GUAUCCCACGUAGGGCACGGGGGUGUGAACCAGCUCGGCGGGGUGUUUGUGAACGGCAGACCCCUCCCGGACGUGGUGCGGCAGCGGAUCGUGGAGCUGGCCCACCAGGGGGUUCGGCCCUGCGACAUCUCCAGACAGCUGCGGGUCAGCCACGGCUGCGUCAGCAAGAUCCUGGGCAGGUAUUACGAGACUGGCAGCAUCAAACCCGGUGUGAUUGGUGGAUCUAAACCUAAAGUGGCCACUCCAAAAGUGGUGGACAAAAUCGCAGACUACAAGAGACAAAACCCCACCAUGUUUGCUUGGGAGAUCAGAGACAGACUGCUGGCGGAGGGCGUCUGCGACAACGACACAGUGCCCAGCGUCUCAUCCAUUAACAGGAUCAUCCGAACAAAAGUCCAGCAGCCUUUCCAUCCGUCUCCUGAUGGGUCGUCCCUGACGCCAGGCCAUACUAUAGUACCGAGCCAAGCCUCUCCGCCUGUAACCAGCGCCUCCAACGACCCAGCGGGAUCAUACUCCAUCAACGGGAUUCUGGGUAUCCCCCGAUCCAACGGCGAAAAGAGGAAAAGAGAUGAAGGUCGAGAUAUGUCCAACACAACCCUACCUGGGUACCCCCCCCACGUUCCGCCCACGGGCCAGGGCAGCUAUCCGACCUCCACGCUCGCCGGAAUGGUUCCUGGGAGUGAGUUUUCGGGGAACCCCUACAGUCACCCACAGUACACAUCCUACAAUGACGCCUGGCGAUUCAGUAACCCAGCAUUACUAAGUUCCCCUUAUUAUUAUAGUGCCGCAUCCAGAGGCUCCGCCCCUCCCACUGCUGCCACUGCCUAUGACCGUCACUAGUUCCCAUGGGAACCAAAUCAACCUGCAGGACCCAUGGUGGAAGCAUGGUCCACUGGACACUGAGCAACUGCGCAUAAAAUCUUCCCGGCUCACGAUGAGAAACUAAAUUUUUUGGGGGGGGGGGGAUUCCAGACGACUUCUCUCCUCGCAGCUUUUUUUGGACACUUAAAGCCAAAAAAAUACCUACAAGAAGAUCAUCAGAGACACUAAAAUAAAAUCACCCGACACACAUGCUGAAAACUGUGGCUAAUUGCAGGAAAAAAAAGACGAAAAAAAAGACUAAAAACAAAGGUCUCUGGUUUUGUUUCCCUGUGGCACAGGUUCAUCCCAUCACGGAUCAAUACUGAACAUUCCUUUUCUUGACGGCUCUCAGCAGGGACGCUGUCCAGAGCUUAAUAUGUAGCAGCAGCCUUUUUCUUUCCUGUUACCAUUCGUCUCCCACUCCGAUUCAGAUGGCAGCGCAAUGAGAUCAGAGGAGAUCAGCAGCAGCACACGCAGGCUGUGGCAGGCUAACGUUGUUUUGAUCCAUCUAAGCAGUCACCGACCAAACAUCCAGCAUGAGUAAAUCGAUCCUUUUUGAUGCCAUGAGAAGAUUAGGACAUGUUCUCUGUGAUACACAAUCAAGAUGUAAAAAUGAAAAUGAAGUAAAUAAAGAAACAUCCAUUUGAAAAUAGAGGGAGCCAUGACAAUAUAUCACCAUGGCCCGCUAUUUGCAAGAUUUCAAGAAACUAGUAAAUAUAUUCUUAAAAUGAUUUUUUUAUUUCAUUUUUAUAAUUCGUAAACGACUAAACUGCGGACUGCUUGGCUAGUGUUUUCCUAUUUCUUAUUUGUCAGGAUACAAAAUGUCAUCAGGCAAAACAUUUGUGUUUUUUGUUAAUUUUGCACUAUGUUGGUGGUUUGCAACACUGGAGCGUUAUUAUGCAGAAAAAUGACGAUGCAUAUUUGCUCUAUUUCAUGAAAUUGGCUGUAAGUCUAAUAAGUCUCAGUCUGAAAAGGCACUUCCCACGUUUUCCUGUAAUUCAAGGCCCAUCAUGUCACUGCCUUGACGUGCACUACUAUGUUCUCACCGCUUACAUUUCUAUUUAAGUUGAUUAAGUCUUUGGCAUUCAACCACAGAAAAAGGAUAUAACAGCCAUCCCAAGUCACACCAGUGUCAUUUGUCAAGUUUGAUUUCCCAAGCAUUCAUUCUGACGACUCUAAUAACGUCAAAAAGCAGGGCGACGAUUUCAGCUAAAUGCCUUAAACAUGUUCCCUCCUAACUUCAUGUUUCAGGCCGAGUUACUUCUUUAAAUCACGCUGGAAUGAUGGUUUCCUCAUCUGUCAAGUGAAUGUAUUUGCAUUUGCCAAAGACUUAGUUCUUGUUAGUGUUUAUUUACAGGCCGCCUAUAUGCAUCAUGAGAGCAGUAUUAUUAUUAUUAUUAUUAUUAUGAAUUAUUAUUAUUAGGGAAACCCACGUUGUUCAUGACGAAAAGUAUAUGUAUAAAUUCUAUGCAGUGCAGAGAUGGUCAUCAUAUGCAUAUUCAGCUGUAAACCUAAAGGUAGGUGGAGUUUAUUUAAUUGUUAUGUUAUUUACAAAUUGUUCAUUUUCGUAGAAGGAUUUUGUGUGUGUGAUGUGAAGACACUUCUCUGUAAAUACAGUAAGAAAAAUGGUCUUUCAUGUUCAUGGGUAUUAUCACUUUCAUUAUGCUGG